GCCUCAAAGUUUGUGUCUGGAGCAGUGGUGGAGAGGGGCUUGUUGCGAAGGGGUUUUCUUGGGAUGGGAGCCGAUCUCCUGCCUUCACUCUGCACGCACGGCCUGCCUUGAGCCCCGGGCGGCUUGUGUUCCCCGCAGUCUCUCAGCUCCCCGAGGGCGCCGCUCGGGAGCCCUGCCUCGGAGCCUCAGCCGCGCACACCCCCGAGGGCGCGGGACCUCGCGGGCGCGAGACGGCUGUGCCCGGCCGCCGCCUGCCCUCGGCAUCCCCGGCCCUGCGCGCUCGCACCGCCAUGGAGGUGCUGGAGAGCGGGGAGCAGAGCGUCCUGCAGUGGGACCGCAAGCUGAGCGAGCUCUCGGAGCCCGGGGAGAGCGAGGCCCUCAUGUACCACACGGCACCUGCUUUUGAGGAACUGAAAUUCUGUCACUUCUCAGAACUUCUGGAUGAAUUUUCCCAGAACGUCUUGGGUCAGCUCCUGAAUGACCCCUUCCUCUCAGAAAAGACUGUGUCGAUGGAGGUGGAGCCAUCGCCGACCUCGCCGGCGCCUCUCAUCCAGGCUGAGCACAGCUACUCCCUGUGUGAGGAGCCCCGGGCCCAGUCGCCAUUCACUCACGUGACCAACAGCGACAGCUUCAAUGACGAGGAGGUGGAAAGUGAGAAAUGGUACCUGUCUGCAGAUUUUCCUUCAACAACCAUCAAGACAGAGCCGAUUACAGAUGAGCCACCCCCAGGACUUGUUCCCUCUGUCACUCUGACCAUCACAGCCAUCUCUACCCCUUAUGAGAAGGAAGAACCCUCUCUGGAAGUGAAUACUGGGGUCGAUUCCUCGUGUCAGACAAUUAUUCCUAAGAUCAAGUUGGAGCCUCAUGAAGUGGAUCAGUUCCUCAACUUCUCUCCUAAAGAAGCCUCCGUGGACCACCUGCACUUACCGCCAACCCCCCCCAGCAGUCACAGCAGUGACUCGGAGGGCAGCCUGAGCCCCAGCCCGCGCCUGCACCCCUUCAGCCUGCCUCAGACACACAGCCCUGCCAGGGCCGUGCCCCGGGCCCCGUCUGCCCUCUCCAGUUCUCCUCUCCUCACAGCUCCACACAAGCUGCAGGGCUCGGGGCCCCUGGUCCUGACAGAGGAGGAGAAGAGGACCCUGAUUGCUGAGGGCUACCCCAUCCCCACCAAACUGCCCCUGACGAAAUCAGAGGAGAAGGCCCUGAAGAAGAUCCGGAGGAAAAUCAAGAAUAAGAUUUCUGCCCAGGAAAGCAGGAGAAAGAAGAAGGAAUACAUGGACAGCUUGGAGAAAAAAGUGGAGUCCUGUUCAACUGAGAACCUGGAGCUUCGGAAGAAGGUGGAGGUCCUGGAGAACACCAACAGAACUCUGCUUCAGCAACUCCAGAAGCUGCAGACCCUGGUGAUGGGCAAGGUGUCUCGUACCUGCAAGUUGGCUGGCACGCAGACCGGCACCUGUCUCAUGGUCGUUGUGCUGUGCUUUGCUGUUGCCUUUGGUAGCUUCUUUCAGGGCUAUGGGCCCUAUCCUUCUGCCACCAAGAUGGCGCUGCCCAGCCAGCAUUCCAUGCCAGAGCCAUACACAGCAUCUGUCGUGAGAUCCAGGAACCUGCUGAUCUAUGAAGAGCAUUCUCCCCUGGAGGAACCAUCCAGCCCAGCCUCAGCAGGGGAGCUUGGGGGCUGGGACAGAGGCUCCUCCCUGCUCAGGGUGUCAGGGCUGGAGUCCAGAGCGGACAUGGAUCUUCCUCAUUUCCUUCUCUCGAAUGAGACCAGCCUGGAGAAGUCAGUGCUGUCGGAGCUGCAGCAGCACCUAGUCAGCGCUAACCUGGAGGGGAACGAGACGCUGAAAGUCGUAGAACUCGACAGGAGAGUGAACACCACCUUCUGAAGAGGCCGCCCGCACCCGCCCCAUCUCCCUGAACGUCACCUCUCCAUCCACAAAUCACCUUUGUCAUAAGCGUUUCCUCUGUGCCACUGGAUCUUGACAAAGACACGGACGGACGAGCAUUUCGUGGCUUUGGAUGGAAGGCCAGCCUGGGGUUCCCCGCCGGCCGGGACAGCGCGCCCUGCCCUCUGGUCCCUGCCCCUCCCCUGCAGCAGGGAGCCUACGUCUCCCCCUCCCUCUCUCUUACCGCUCUAGUAGAUACCAUUGUAGGGGUGAGGGUGGGGCAAGCAGGCUUGUUUCCACCAGCGGUGCCAAAGAAGAUCUUGCCUGAUUCUCUCCCCUGCGAGGCGCGACCCCUUGGAAGACAAGACUGGUUCGAUCGACACCCCAGACUGCAGCCACAAGAAUGCCAUGAUGCCUGUCGCGAUUUGGCGAAGCACUGACUCACGUCCUCCCUCGCUCCCACCCGGGUCCCCCGCCGCUGGAGCCCUCGCCCGACGGGGCACUGGCACUGUGGGCGAGGCCCCCUUCACGUUCUCAGGCCGCAAGUGCAAUGCCUGAAGGGAUCAGGCUCCUCUACUCCAGGCGAAUCUGCCCCGCCUCGUUGCUGGUAGGACCUCCCCCCAUAGCUCUGCCGCUCCAGCUUCUCCUCCCCAUUUGUAAAUAGUAUUUAUUAGCUCGCCCAGGCUUCCUGCGGGCAGCCACGCCGGAGCGAUCCCACGGCUCCUUCCAAGCCGCUCUGUUGGCCUUUGGCGCUGGGAGGGCCUCUAGGCUCUGGGAUCCCCAGUCUUUCCCGAUGAAGUUUUCUUUCUUUUUGGAGGCCUGUAAAACAGUUACCGUUGAGAAACCCCCUAAGCCCGUGCGCCCCUAUGGGAGGAACUCAGAGGGAAAGAUGGAACAGUGCCUUGCUCCGGGCCAGGGCUCCUGGCCCUAUGCUCUCUCUCCCCAGUUCCUGUAACAGAGAGGGAGGCCCUGUGCCCGACAGCAGGCACUUCGACAACCCUGUCGGCUUCCGUCCCCGCCCGCCCCUGGCCCCGCCUCCAGCCCCGCCCCUCCCACUGUCCACUUCCGCCCCGCCUCCGGUCCCGCCCCCCGCAGUCCACUUCCGCCCGCUUGUCCGCAGCCCGGAAGGUCAGUGACCAGCGUGUCUCCCUUCCUUUACUGACAGGUUUGGCUACUUUGCAGCUCGCCCAAAGAGAUACAACCUAACCCCCACCCUACUUUUAUUUUUGUUUUUUAAUGACUGAAAGUAACUUUUGUAGGUAAUUUUUUUCUUUUCUAUUUCGUACAAAGCUAUGGAAACGGUCUUGUGUUCUAUACGGUAGAAGACUCUCCCUCAAUGUCUCUUCCUAGCUUGCAAAAGUUUCAUGUAGGGAAUGUGCUUACGUUCUGUACUUGACGUCUAGUAGCGGCCGAAGCGCCUUCGACUUCGUCUCUCUCCCUUUCCCUCCCUGGCCGUCUCCGUGGCCCCCGCCCAGGGCGCCCGUUCCGUGUCAGACUUCACAUCUGCCCCUGCACCUCACGGGCAGACCCCUGCCUGUCCCCCUGGGCCAUUUGGGGUCCCCGUGUGACGGAGAGGGUUCCGGACGGGGAGACGGCCGCGUUGGUGUGCGCACAGCGAGCGAGAGCUGCAGCGGGCAUGGCUGGCUGCCUGGUUCUCGCUGCCCCUGACCUUGUGUGGUGGGGAGCAAGGGGCGGCCAGUGGUCUCCGCUGCUGCUGCUCCGUGCCGAUGGCUGGUGACCACGGGCCACUGCUGACCCAUCGCUCUGCGCUUAUCUGGGGCCCGACAAGGUUUGAGAAGGCAGAAUGGACUCAAGUGCUGUUUGCUCAAUGAGAAAGGAAGGUUUCGCACCUGAGGGCCGAAGGGAGCGGACAGGCCGGGCCACCCACGGGCUGCAGCUGACCUACGCUGGGUACUUAAGGCUCACCGAGUAGCGAGCUUGCUGUUCCGAAUGAGGAGGGAGAAGGAAAAAGGAAAUUUCUAGGCCCCGCCCUUAGUGCUUUGAGGAUUUGGUUCUUGCCGUUGCCUCCCCUCGCCAGACACCACUGCCCACAAAGCACAAAGCUUUCUCACUGGGAGACCAUCUUUCCAGGACAGACUCUUUCUAGACAUUAGCCAGACAUUAGCCAGAGAGGUCCAACGGCGCUUUCAAGUGGGUUCAAGAGCCAGUUUUGCUGUUCUUUUAAGAAAAAUCUGUUCCUUGCUUGAGCGAGUAAAGGGAACUAAACCGUUUUCCCUUUAGGAGGGCAAAACGGGUCAAGAGGACUUGGGUAUGUGGCAGCCGAUGGGCUCCACAUGUCCGCUGGGUGUUUGCGUGCCUCUGUUCCAGGGCCGGGCCCAGAGUCUGUGGACUGUUUCUCCACAAAGUCAGUAAUGCACGCUUAGCUCUGAAGAUGUCAGAUAGCGGCAGAGCAGUGCACCUGAACGUGAGUGUUGAAAAAUGGCACUGCCAGAGCGGCCGGCAGCCAUCAAGAAUCAAUCUAAUGACCUGUGUCAUCCUACAGAUGGGCCUUCGCCUUCCCCUUCCCUGAUUGCACCAGUGAGGGGGAUGCCUUGCGAAGACGCAGAAAACAGACGAGCCCCGAGUCACCCAGGCACGUGGCUCUCCUCCUGGCUCCACUGGCACUCGACAGAGGCGUGUGUACAUGAAAGGCCGAGGUGGUGCCAGUUUCAAGAACGAAUUUCUGUGAAGCGCUGGGGCUCAGGAGUCAGGCUCGCAGGAAGAGAGGGUUACGUAAAGAUCUGACAGCUGAACUAGGUUGCUCCUUUUUGGUAGGAGGUGGGGUGAGGUGUGACAUCAGUGUAGGCAAAAUUAGAUAACCUUUCGGUUAAUGUGGUCUUAUUUGGAGACCUGACUCGCAGGUUAUGAAAGCAGCUUUCAGUUCAAGUUGCUUCCAGACCAACCGUAAAUACAAGGUUGUUUUCCUCGCUAAAUCGCAGUUCAGCCUGGACACCAGAAGGUGGCUGUGAAGCCCACGUGCCUGUAGAGUAGGAGAAUGAGUUGGUUCUUAUCCCAAGAGUGGGGCAGUGCCCAGCAUUUUGGUCGUGGUUUGAAUUUCUUUCUCAAGGCAGAACAGCGCCUCUGAGCACACAGCACGUGAGGUGUGCGUGUGCGCAGAAUCCAGAAAACGAGAUGAGUGAGGAAUGGGCCGGCCAUGCUGGCCUUGCUGACACAGGGAGGCUGGAGAUGGAAGCGGGGGCUUUCGGUCUCCCCUUCUCUGCCGUGAGCCACUCAUUAGGUUCUGUGGAAUCCAGUCUUUGGGCGCCUGGAUUAAAGGCACCGGCACUCCUGCUGGCGGGCCUGGCAGGACCUGGGGAGCUCCCAGCGGGUGGUGCCCUAGUGAGAGUCAUUUUAUUUGACUGCUUUUAGCUGAGCUAGGGAAAAACCCCUGGGAUGCAGCUACAGGCAGGAGUAGGAAGUGGUGAAAUGGGGGCUGUGAAAGAGCCGGAGUUCAGAUUAUCCACUCAUUCCUUCCUUCCUUCAUUCAGUCACUCCUAGGACUUCUGAGUUUAUUAAGGAAGGGUGUUGCAUGAUGCCCUGGGGAACACUGGGGAGUAAGAAGACUGAGGAAACCGCACUAAUCAUAGCUUUCCAAAAGAACCAAAUGCCUUCGCUCGCUCUGUCCCAUGCAUACAGACACACACACAAUCCUCUUCUGUCUCAGGUACUCCUUUGUGCCUUACACAGAGCCUUACCUAUGAACCCAGAGUGACUGAGAAAUCCCUGGUCCCUGGAGGUUUUAUAAUAUUAGUUGAAGCAGGGAUGGGGGAAAGAACUUUUUCCAAAUGUCAAAAAUGUUUUCCCAAAAGUGAGCCACUCCCAGAUUGCCCCAUCAGGAGGAAAGAAACGGGGUUAUGUCCAUUAGGAAAAUCCCACUUGGUAGGGGUGCAAUGGCAUAAAAACCUGGCUAGUCAGGAUUAAAGGCAUUAUAAAUCCUCAUAGCAGAGCAUUUUCCCACUGCCCAUUUGAGGAUUAAUGUGGCCAAAGGGUCGGCACUUAACUACAGGAAAAAGCUAGAUGUUGCAUUUUGUCAUUUGGUGCAACCUGAAAUUCAGGAAUGCUCUGUUUUGUCUCUGUUUCCAGCAGGCAGGGAAGUCCUGUUUCUUGAGCACUUACUAAGGGGUUGGGCGCCGUGCUAAGAGUUGCUUUAGUUUUUUAGGUAGAGCAAACAAAGGCGGCUAGUUCCCACGAGACAGAAAAGAGCUAAGGGAUGUGAGCAAUGCAACCAUUUGUGAAGCACAUUGAGCGAUUCCUUCCUAGAA